AUGACACGAGCGAUGAUCUUCGCGUCUGGAUUGCCCCUUACGUUCUGGGGUGAUGCCGCUGAAUACUCCACGUAUAUUAUGAACAGGAGCCCCACGAAUUUGAAUCCUAAGAGAGCGUCGCCGCUUGAAGUUCUGACGAAUAAAUCGCCGGAUUUGCGCAACAUCGUCGUGUUUGGCUCCCACUGUACCGUCUACCGUGAUCCAAGCAAGAACACGUUCGCGCGCCGCGCUCAAGUGGGCACGAUCGUUGGAUGUAGUGACGAAACCAAGGGUUUCAGAGUAUUCAUCAGGAAAGAAAACAAGGUCAUCACGACGCAGCAUGUCAAGAAUAUUGAAACGUUGUCUGAAGCCCAGAACAGGCAGCUGCAACUAGCCCUUGAUGACGAUGGUCGGGCAGAUUCAGACGAAGGCACUGAGACACCUGUGAGACAGAGCAGUAGUAUUACUGCGAGCGAGAAGCCCAAGAAGAAGAAACAGUGGACUCGCCAACCGCACGUGACAAGAGUGAAAGUAAUCUUGGCGUUAGCUUCUACAUGGGGCGUCCCGACUAAGCACGGAGACGUCUCCAAUGCUUACGUAAAAGCAAAGAAGGAACAGCAUCUCGAGAUUCUGAUGCACGUCCCCAAGGGCAUGACGAUUGAUACAAGAAAGUUAAAAGAAUUGGGGGCAACGAAGAUUGAAGAUGUUGUGCUUGAACUGAAGAAAAGUCUUUAUGGUUUAUAG